AUGGAAAUCCUAGCUAGGAUCCUUGCUGAGAAAUCCAAGCAUCCCCUCUUUAAAUUCCAUUGGAGAUGUGAGAAGACUAAGAUUGUUAAUUUGUGCUUUGCUGAUGAUCUCAUGAUUUUCAGCAAAGGGGAUAUCCCUACUGUGCAAAUGAUCAUGCAUGGGCUUGACGAGUUCAAGAAUCUUUCGGGGCUUACUCCUAGUGCUAGCAAGAGUAAUAUCUUCUUUUGUGGAUGUAGUAGAAGUCUUAGGGAGGAUAUCCUUAAGAUUGCUAACUUCAAUGAAGGUACUCUUCCUGUCAAGUAUUUGGGUGUUCCUUUAAUCACCACUAAGUUGAGAACCAUUGACUGCCAACAGCUUAUCGACAAAAUUACUAGCAGAAUUAAGAGUUGGACCAAUAAGGCCCUCUCUUAUGCGGGUAGAGCUCAGCUCAUCGAAACCAUUCUAUUCUCCAUGCAAGUUUAUUGGUCUUCUUUGUUCAUCCUUCCUAAGAAGGUUGUCAUAGAAAUUGAGAAUCUUCUUAGAGCUUUUCUCUGGUCUGGUAUUGACUUGAAGAAGCAUAGUGCAAAAAUUGCUUGGGAUAAGGUUUGUGCUCCCAAGGAAGAAGGUGGACUGGGUUUUAAAUCUCUGGAGAAAGUCUCUGUUCCUAGUGAUUCCUCUUGGGUCUGGAGGAAGAUUCUUUCCCUUAGAAAGGCUAUCUUUCCUCUCAUCUUGCACAAAAUUGGGAAUGGUAAUGCUACUUUUUUGUGGCAUGAUAAUUGGCAUCCGGUGGGCUCUAUUUGGGACAAAUUUGAGGACAGGAUUAUUUAUGAUUCUGGGCUCCAGGGGAGGCUAAAAUCUUCGAGCAAUGAUAUCCCUAUUUGGACUCUUACUCAUGAUGGUAAAUUCUCCAUCCAAUCUGCUUGGAACCAUUGGAGAGUCAAACAUGAUAAGGUUGCUUGGUAUAAGCUGUUGUGGGGGCCAUUAACUAUCCCUAGAGUUAGUUUCAUUGUCUGGAUUGCUUUGCAUGGUAGGCUUAACACUGGGGACAGAUUAGAAUCAUUUGGUAUGAGUGAUGACUUUAAAUGCUCUUUUUGCAAUCACCAUACUGAAAGCCACUCCCACCUUUUCUUUAAUUGCAUCUUCUCUCUUAAGGUUUGGGAUGCUAUUAAAGCAAAGUGUAAUGUUAAGUGGCCUGACAUUUUUUGGCCUGAUAUUGUUCAUGUUGCCAUUAGGGAGAGCAGAGGUAAGUCCUUGAAAGCUAUUACUACUAGAUUGUCUUUGCUGUGUAUUGUUUAUCAAAUCUGGAUUGAAAGAAACAACAGAAUUUUUAAUAAGGAAAUGAAACCUGAAGAAGUUGUUAUCAAAACAAUUGUUCAAAUGAUUAGAGGCAGACUAAUGUCAUUGUACAAUUUACCUAGAUCUGCAGGUGAUGAUUGGUUCUUAAAGCAAUGGAAUUUGACUGACUCCAUUUUGAAGCCCCGUACUCUGGUGGUGUCUGUUACUCUAGAAAUAGAGGGUUGA